UCCGAUGACGGGGACGGCAGCAUGUCCUUUGACGACUUCCUUGAUAUGCUGAGCGUCUUCAGCGACGCCGCCACCUUGCCCAUCAAGUCUCACUACGCCUUCCGCAUCUUCGACUUUGAUGCCGACGGGACGCUGGACAGAAAGGACCUGGAGAAACUGGUGAACUGUCUGACGGGGCAAGGCGAGGAGUCCCGGCUGAGCCACGAGGACAUGGAGCAGCUCAUCCAAAACAUCCUGGAGGAGUCCGACAUCGACAAGGAUGGAACCAUCAACCUCUCCGAGUUCCAGCACGUCGUCGCCCGCUCCCCGGACUUCGCCAGCUCCUUCAAGAUAGUCCUGUGA